UUUCAUUCUCUACCAUUGUCGACAUCCUUGCAUGGGGUGACAGCCCCGCGCCACCAUAUCCGGAUCCGAUGCAGGCUAGAUGGAAAAAAAAAUUAAAAGGAGGGGCUAGCUCGGGGGAAGCCGACGUCGACGCCUACCAAUUAUGCCACCAAGGUAAAGGAUCCGGUGUGGAAGCGCGUCGUGGCAGCUAAGGAACUGGUCCGGCCCCUGGACGACGGGCCGCGUUCGAGCGGGAGGCCAGGCAGGCCUUCCAGCCUGGAGCAUCCUUCACCCUUCGAGCCCACUCGAUCUUGCAGCCUGUAUGGCAUUGAAGAGCGGGCGAGAGCAGACGUGAUAGCCCGGCACGAGGACUACCGAGCGCGGCGUUUUGCUGCAGAAAGGAGGCGCACCUGCCUAGGUCCCUUCCUGCCAGGGGAUUCUUCGUCGUAAUUUCGUCGUCUCAGCCACAAAAGGUGAGCCAAACGCAAUCUCCAUGCAUGAUCUGCUAUCGCAAGUGUGCCAGGGCCGAGCUGGAAGACAUUGAUUGGGAUCAGUGGACGGCUAGUCUUAUCACGAAGUCAGACGGCUCGCCUUUCCAGUGUCGCGAAUGCUUCCCCGCAGGGGAGAAGAUUUCGGGGUGUAAAGAUUGCCUAAGGCAAAUGGGGAAUAGUGUGUUGUCUCCUGCAGGCCAGCUCCACAGCCGCCUAGGUUGCGAGCACAUGUUUCCGGACGAGUUGAAGGGCCUUACGCCAGUUGAGGAGAAGCUCAUUGCGCUGAACUCGUGUUAUGGGUUCAUCACCAAGUACAGUUUGCCGGAGGGGCGUAGACAGAGCGCGAGAUAUCCGAAGCACGUUAAGGGGCACAUUACAGUAUUCCCCAAUAACGUACAGGACCUCGUCAGCAAUGUCCUCCCCCAUCCGCUGGUAAAGGUUAUGGAUGAGAUCCAUGUCUCUUGGCAGGGGCCGGAGAAACCGGCACCGGGUGACCUAUCAGCACUGCUAUCAGUGAGGCGCCGUGUCGUCGAAAAGGCGCUGGUGUGGCUUAAGAGGAAUAAUCCGCUGUACGCGACGAUCCACAUCGACACGGCCGACAUGGACACCUGGGAAGCGCCGUCACACGGUGUGCCCUCUCAAGUCUACGCGCGUCUGGAGCGGAACGAGCCGUCGGCGUGGGAGAAGGCGCGAACGGGACAGGUCGUGCCACCUACGGAGCGCGGCCUAGAAGAAGGGGAACUGAGGGAUGUCCGAGAGAUUCUUGCAGCGCUAGAGCGGGGAGACGAUGUCGGGGGCGGCGAGGCGUGAGUAGGCAGGGGAGCAGACUCGGAGGGCGAAGACGGGGGCGAGGGGGCGGUGGUAGAGCCGGAGGGUGCAGCGGCUGGGAUCCACGAGAUUAGCUCGUCGGGGGAUGUUCGCUCUCGACGUGGGACCGGAUGUUGCCGACGUUGAGAAGCUGCGGUACGUCUGCGACGCGCUGGGCCGUAGGGUCGCUGGCGGGAACGAGUCGAUCGGGGCACCUGCUCCUGCAAGAGACCCAAGACGCCUGAACACAUCGUCUACUGCCGUAAAACCACGCGGUUCCGUAACAAAUGGCCAACCUUCAAGCUCACCCCUCGGACACCGCAAGAGUACUGGCUCCGCCUAAGCUCAGGCCCGAAAGAUUUCGCAAGCUUCUUGCAAACCACACGCUUUUACGAGUUAACUUGCCCACAGAGACCGAAAACGCACCAAUAAACCACAGAACCACUCCCACGACAAAACCCCAUCCCCUUCCUUCCUACAAUUACACCACUAGUACCUCCCGGAAUCUAAGCCAAGGGGGUCGAGAUAACCACACUCCCCGAUUCCUCCAACCUACCCAAUCUCAUCAGAGUUUAGGUUAGUAUUACAGGCGGAAACGCCUGCAACUACGACUUCCCUUCCAUAACCGAACACGAGCUCAAACGGCGGAGCCAACGGGCGCGGUACAUUUUUUCCAUGUUGUCAUUGGGCUUGAUUUGCAGGAUAUUCUGGACGCCAGUGCCUUAGCUUCGUGCACAAGCAGACGAGACAGUGCAAGCAGUGUUGCAGCCCCGUUAUAUAAUGCGUCUGUUGCCAAUAAAGGCAGAUAAGGUAUGGAGAUGGGCCGCAUACAAGUCAGAAUCAAACCCCCACAAAUCGGGUGCUGCCUCAGCCUGCCCUGAAGUGAUGGAAGCGCCGG